AUGGGAAAUGUGUCCAAUGUCUCUGUGUUCGCCUCCACCUUAUCGGAAAGAGAAGACCUGAUUUUUGGCACACUCUAUUUGGUCUUUGGCAUCGUGUCCCUCUCUGGGAAUUCUCUGCUCCUGCUGGUGGCCUAUCAGAAGAGGUCUGUGCUGAAGCCUGCUGAGUUCUUCAUUGUCAACUUGGCCAUCAGUGACCUGAGCAUGACGGUGACACUCUUCCCCUUGGCCACCUCCUCCUUCUUUGCACACAGGUGGCUGUUCAAUCACACAGUGUGCACCCUCUAUGCCUUCUGUGGGGUCUUGUUUGGGCUGUGCAGCCUCACCAGCCUGACAGUGCUGAGCACAGUCUGCUGCCUGAAGGUCUGUUACCCAGCAUAUGGCAACAAGUUCUCCCCCUGGCAUGCUGGGAUGCUGCUGCUGGGUGUCUGGGCAUAUGCCCUGAUGUUUGCCACGGCCCCCCUGGCAGAGUGGGGCAGCUACGGCCCCGAGCCCUACGGCACAGCCUGCUGCAUCACCUGGAAGAGCUCCAGCAGGGAGGCCACGCUCUACAUCCUCGCCCUCUUCAUCUUCUGCUACCUUCUCCCCUGCCUCCUCAUCCUCAUCUCCUACUCCCUGAUCCUCUGGACCGUGCGGGUGUCCCGCAGGGCACUCAGGCAGCACACGUCCCCCCAGCACAGAGCCCGCAGCGUGCACAGCCUGGUGGUGAAGCUGAGUCUUGCUGUGUGCCUGGGGUUUCUGGCUGCCUGGACUCCUUAUGCCAUCGUUGCCCUGUGGGCAGUCCUUGGUGAUGCCAGCCAGGUCCCAGCACUGGCCUUUGUGCUCUCAGCUGUCUUUGCCAAGUCCUCAACAUUCUACAACCCCCUGGUGUACCUGUUCUUCAAGCCCAACUUCCAGAAGUUCCUCUCCAAAGAUAUGGUGCUCUUCCAGGCCAUCCGCACCCUCCUCUGUUGCGGCUGCCCAGGUACUGAGCUCCAGCCCUUCCCAUCCUCAGGCUUUGAUGACCAUCCUGGGGCUUGCAGGAGCUGCAAUGACACUUUUGAGUGUUUCAGUAACUACCCCAAGUGCUACAAACUGCCCCAGGUGCCCAGCAGCUCACCCCGGCGUGCUCCCCUGGCUAUCCUGGCCAAUGGAGCUGCUUGCCAGCCAGGACUGAAGAGGACAGUGCAGGUGAUGGUCCUUGUCACACAGAAAAAAUCAGCCCUGGGCACUGCCAGUGUGUCAGGGGAAGCUCUGCCAUCAGGUGUCAUGAAAGAUCUUCUCUGA